UCACGUGACGGUUGUGUUUUGUUUUUUGGAACGCACAUAUCGAUGAGUAAUUAUAUUAAUGAUAUUAAUUUCACUGGUUUUGAGUCAGUUCGCAGAAAUCGUUUUGACGGUGAACAAAGAAAACACGUGUUUCUUUUUAUUGGUAGUUGUUAUUGGUGCUUGGUUUAUUAUAACCUCAAUCUAUUUUUAUUGAAAAUCGAAAUAAAUUAAUUUUAUAGAAUCAAUUUUUAUUGUCGUGAUAAAUGAAAAUUUGUCAUUUGUCAAUUGUUGUCAGUUUUGGAAAAAUUUAGUAUAUUCAGUAAAUUGGCAGUGUCGGUGUGUGUUUACCUUUAUAUUGUAUAUAUUGUAUUUUUUCUCGGAAAAGGUUAGGAUCUUCGGGGGAAACCCUCUCCUCUCUCAAUACUCACAUCUUAUUGGUUGAAAUUCUCCAUCGUCAGUUAGAAUUUUUUAGUUUCCGUUUUCCGUUAAAAAAAGAAGUCUCGCAAAAAGACGCCAGUUGUUGCUUGUUUGAGAAAAAAGGAAAGUGUUCAGAAUCAAUUUUCAUCGAGUAAGUUCUGAUUCAAUAUUAUAUUCAAGUAUUUUUUUCCAUUUUAUCUCAGUGAAUAAUUUCAUUUUGUGAAAAUUCAGCAUCAGAGAAGAUUCGUUUUUCAAUCUCGGAAGAUUUUUCAUUCAUCAUUGCAAGAUGUAUCAUCAGGAAAUACCUGAUUUACAAGCCGAUAUUCAGACGCAAUAUAAGCUUCUAAAUUUAAUCGGUCAAUCGGAAUAUGAAAUUAUUCAAGAAAAUGGCCAAAGAAGACUCACUUGUAAUGAAUUGACGAAUAAUUUAAUCGAACGUUCAAAGGGGAGUGAGGUUUUUUUAGGUCGUCUACCACGUGACUGCUAUGAAGAUGAAAUUGUUCCUGUUUUACAAAAAGUGGGUAAAUUGUUAGAAUUAAGAUUAAUGUUAGAUUUUUCUGGUACCAAUCGUGGUUUUGGUUUUGCUUUAUUUGAAGAUUCAAAAACAGCCCGACGUGCUUGCCAAUUAUUAAAUAAUUCUGAAAUUCGUUCUGGACAUCGUAUUGGGGUUGUUAAGUCUAUUGAUAAUUGUCGCCUCUUCUUCGGCGGCGUUCCCAAGGAUAAAAGUAAGGCGGAAUUUUUUGAGGAACUUAGUAAAAUGUUAGAUGGUAUUACUGAAAUUUAUGUAUAUCCCAGCUCUGAAGAUCGUACUCAAAAUCGUGGUUUUAUUUUCGUGGAAUUUAGAGAUCAUAGAUCGGCGGCAAUGGCUCGUCGAAAGCUCAUCCCCGGAAGAGUUGUUCUUUGGGAUCAUGACAUUGCCGUUGAUUGGGCUGAUCCUGAACCUGGUGAUCCCAUCGAUGAAGAUGUUAUGCAAACGGUGACAGCGCUUUUCAUCAGAAAUUUACCAUUGGCGAUGACUCAACAGAAAUUGAAAGACAUGAUUGUAAAAGCGACAAAUGUGCCAAUCUUGAAAAUAAAAAAGCUCAAUCAUUUCUCAUUUGUCCAUUAUGAGAAUCGGGAAUUGGCCGAACUUGUUAUGGCAACCUUGAUAAAGCCUGGAGGAUUAGCAGAGAGUGAAGAAUGGGAGAUACGAUGGGCAAAACCGAUUGGCGGUGUCAAGGACAUUGAGAGACAAAGACGAAUUGCUGAGGCCUCUUGCAAAACAAUUGGAUCGAAGAGUCCUGAAAGUCAAAAAUCAAGUUCACAUAAAAGUCGAUCAAAAGGAACGAAUAAAUCAAAUAAUACUGUUGAAAAUGCAAAUCUACCAAAGCACGAUUACGCGCAAAGUUUACAGAAAUUCGUAAUGGAAAAAUUGAAUUGUCUGUGCCAUUUAGAAUGCAUCGAAUCCUAUGAACCAUUAGGAUACUUUUGUAAGAUAACAAUCGUUAAAGAUAAUCAAAUAGUCUUUCAACAUUUCGGUGAUAUACUUCCGACUGUUCAGAAAGCGAUUAACGUUGCAGCUCGAGCGAUUUAUCACAAAUUGAGUACAUCUACAUGUGUUCCAGUCUCAGUUCCAGCGCCAAUUUCAAUACCGCCACCGAUGACGAAUUAUUAUUAUCAACCGGCAAUUAAUCAGUGCAGGAUUCCAUUAAAUCCAACAGUCUACGAAACUGCAAUAGCCAACUGGCAGAUGCAAGGAAUUCCACUGGAUGCUUAGUAUCGUUGAUUUUUAUUUUCUUUUUAUAAACUACAAAUCGUUUACAACGUAGAGAUCACUACUUGAUUACGAGAAUUUUUUUAUGGCAUUUUUUUUAAAGGAAAGUUUAAUUUAUCGACGAGAAAUUUCGAAAAAGAUGAACAUUUUUUUAUUUUACUUUCUAAAUGUUAUUUAUACUAUUUAUCGUCAUAGUUUUUAAAUUUAAGUUUUGAUGGUAAGGAAUGAUAGUUGUAAUUUUAUAUUAAUGUAGAAUGUAAGUUGUGAUAGAUAAUUUUUUUUUUCGAAAGCGUUUUGAUAACGUGAAAGGGUAAAUAUUACCACUACGUUGAAAGAAACAAUAUUUGAAAGCUGAGCUUGAAUUUAAAAGUUCGUUUUUAGAAAACUUUUUUACGUAUUUUUUAACUGAGUUUAAAAAACUUUAGGACACGUUUUUCUUAACUAGUUUCACUUAUAUUUUUGACACUUUUUUACAAUUCCGUGUUUCACUCUGUAUUUUUUAUAUCGUCUGUUUUUUAAAGAUUUACGCACUUUCAAUGCGUGUUUAAUGGAUUUUUUAAAAAUCGCCACUCGAAUUUUACAAAUUCGAAGAAAAAAACUUUUGAUUGUCUUGUUCUAAAUUUUCCGCGCGUGUUUAAUUAUCUGUGUAAACGUUAAAUGUUUCUGCGAGCGACUUUCAAAUUUUGACAAAAAAAAAAACCUGUAUUAUUAACUUAAACCCAUGAAUUUUCGAAGGUCAUUUAAUAUUUAUAUUAACUAAUAACGUUAAACGUGACAAAUAUUAGUUCUUAGUAAUGAAAUUGUUUAAAUAUUAAAAACAUUUGUCAAUGUUGUAUUAAUUCUUUCAUUUUAAUAAA